CGCGCUGCUUGGCUCCUGUCAGUGGCGGGAAGGUCCGGGUCCGGGUUGGCGUCGGUUUGCUGCAAUGGAGGUGGAUAUGACUGGAGCCGAGCGGAUCGGCACGGAGGAUACGCAGUUGAAGAGGGACCCGGCUGCGGGGAGAGGGUCGGGCAUCGCGUACGAGCUGCCGUGGGUGGAGAAGUACCGGCCUCUGAAACUGAAUGAAAUAGUGGGGAAUGAAGAGACUGUGAGCCGACUGGAGGUAUUCGCGAGAGAAGGGAAUGUGCCCAACAUCAUCAUUGCAGGUCCCCCGGGAACCGGGAAGACCACCAGUAUCCUGUGCCUGGCGCGAGCGCUGCUGGGGCCGGCCAUGAAGGACGCAGUGCUGGAGCUCAACGCUUCCAACGACAGAGGCAUUGAUGUCGUACGGAAUAAGAUCAAGUUGUUUGCCCAGCAGAAGGUGACUCUCCCAAAAGGGCGACACAAGAUCAUCAUCUUGGAUGAAGCUGACAGCAUGACAGACGGAGCCCAGCAGGCCUUGAGGAGGACCAUGGAGAUCUACUCCAAAACCACACGUUUCGCUUUAGCCUGUAACGCGUCUGACAAGAUCAUCGAGCCCAUCCAGUCCCGCUGCGCUGUGCUGCGCUACACCAAGCUGAGGGACGAGCAGAUCAUGAUGCGGCUGAUGGAGGUGGUGGAGCAGGAGGGGGUCCAGACCACUAACGACGGCCUGGAGGCCAUUAUCUUCACUGCGCAGGGCGACAUGAGACAGGCGCUGAACAACUUGCAGUCUACAAAUUCAGGGUUUGGGUUUGUCAACAGCGAAAAUGUUUUUAAGGUGUGUGAUGAGCCCCACCCUCUCCUGGUGAAAGCCAUGCUUGAGCACUGUGUUAAUGCCAAAAUUGAUGAAGCCUACAAGAUUGUUGAGCAGCUGUGGGCGCUGGGCUACUCCCCUGAAGACAUCAUUGGAAACAUAUUCCGAGUCUGUAAAACCUUCCAGAUGCCAGAGUAUCUCAAGCUGGAGUUCAUCAAGGAGAUCGGCUACACCCACAUGAAGGUGGCCGAAGGAGUCAACUCUCUGCUUCAGCUGGCUGGGCUCUUGGGCCGACUGUGUGCCAAGACUGCUGCCCCCGAUGUCAGCUGAGCCCACCCCUGCCCUUCCUGGAACAGGAAUGGUUUCCCAGGUCACUAACAGGUCACCAGCAAGACCUGGUGUCUCUCGCUGGGCUCUCCCUUUGCUCUUGACCAGACACAUUGACCGUGAUAAUCAGACUGCUUCUCAUACACUCUGCCUGCAGAAAAAGACCGUCAUAGCAAUGGCCAUAUGUAGUUAACUCCCUUAGCUCUUUUUGAAGCUAUAAAUAUUUCUGGAUACAUUUUUUUAGGACUUGAGAUUUUGUAUAUAUUCCAUUGUUUUUCCAUCAUCCUUGUUUUGUAAUAAAUGUCUUAUUAAUGCA